UCAAGGAAAUCCGGCCGCAGUUACCAAAAGCCACUGACCCCGGAAUGCCGGCCCCAGGGAGAGGGGGUGUCAGGAAGGCCCCCUCCCUGCCAGAUGGGCCUUGGGUCUGACUCCCAGGGGUGGGGCUGCGCGGGAGGUUAUAAAACGGCUGUAGGGGGGACUGGAAGCUUCGCUUUCUCUUUGGAGACGCUUCCUUGAGCACGAACAGGAAAAUAACGGGAACGUCCAGAGCUGUGGACACAGUCCUCAGACGGGGACACCUCAGGCCUUCUGCACUGGAGCGAGGAAGGCUGCUUCUCCCACACGGGACUUCCAUCUGCAUUUAAGGCACCUCGGUCCUGACAGAGCUGCGCUCCCCAUGGUCCUCCUGUGGCUCACGCUGCUGCUGAUGCCCGGGCCCGGCCUCCUGCAAACGAACCACAUGACGAAUCCACCCAUCAAGAACCUAAGGAUGGAAGCCAAAACUCAGACGUUGACCUGGGAUGUCGAUGGGAAUGUCACCGGAAUUAGGUGCAAGAAAGGUCCAGACUAUGGAAUAGAUGCGAUGAAUGACCGCUACUGCCAGUUUGAAGCCAUCUCCUUGUGUGAGGUGACCAACUACAGCGUCACGGCGGCCAGCCCGCCCUGUGGGAAUUCGCGGGCAGCCGCGCAAAACCUGAGCUGCCGGGUUCACGAGGUGGACCUCAUGACCUGCAGCUGGGCCGUGGGUCCCGAGGCCCCCGGCGACAUCCAGUACCACCUGUCGAUCAGCAGCAAUCCCGAGAGCCAGGAGCAGCACCCCUGUGUCCACUACAACACGAAUGAGCGAGGAACUCACACUGGCUGCGUGUUCAGUGACAUCUCUGGCAUCUCCAGGGGGUCCCCAGCAGCCUUUAUCCUGGUGAGGGGCUCGAGUGAAGCCUUCCGCGUCCCCUGCAUAGACCAGCAUGUCAUGUUUUGGGAGAUCGGUGAGUGGCCCAGGCCCCCCCGGCUGCUCACAGCCUCAUGCCAGCUCCCACGGCCCAGCUGGUCCCCAACAUACACACAGGGCACUCCCAUUUCCAGAGGCUGGGCGUUGGAGGGCAGGGGCUGGGCGGGCCGGCCCCUGGGAAGGCUCCACGAAGCUCCCUCCCACCAAGUUCUUGCCACAGUGGCCCAUAGGAAACCUUCUGGUCAGAGCAAGCAGCCUGUAAUCACAGAACAGGUCAAAGGCAUAACCUCCUUCCAGCUGCUCAAUCCUGGAACGUACACGGUGAGAAUAAGAGCCCAGGAAACCUAUGAUCAAUUCUGGAGCGCCUGGAGCAGCCCCCAGCGCUUCGAGUGCGGUCAGGAGGAGGGUCCGCACACCCGAGCCUGGCGGACAUCACUGUUCAUCGUGCUGGGGACGCUGCUGGCCUUGCUCUGUGCUGUCCUGCUCUGCAGAAGGUACCUCGUGAUGGAGAGGCUGUUUCCCCGCAUCCCUCACAUGAAAGACCCCAUGGGUGACGGCUUCCGAAAUGACAACCUGGUGGUCUGGGAGGCGGGCAGGGCCGGCCUGGAGGAGUGCCGGGUGACGGAGAUACAGGUCGUGGAGAAAACCUGACACCCGGCUCAGGGCCCGUCAGGGCUGCCUGCUUCUCCCUGGCCGGGCCGGGCGCCCGCACAGACUGGGUGCCGGACGCACGUUUCUAACGGUGGUGGGCACGGGAGAGGCCCCUGCUGUUCGGUCCCAAGCUGCCGGGAAGAGGGAAGAACAGAACUGUGUGUUUAUUUGAUAAUAAACUGCUUU